UUAAUGACUCCAGUAAAAUUAAGCUUCAAGUAAACAAAGGUGGAAAGCGACCUACACUUUUAACUUGUCUCACUAGUGCCUAAAUGUAGUAAAGGCUGCUUAAGUUUUGUAUGUAGUUGGAUUUUUUUGGAGUCCGAAGGUAUCCAUCUACAGUCAUUGUGGCCCAAGUUGAAUUUGGAUUCGAGUGGAUUCUAAAUACUUCUGCUUAUCUGGAAGAGAGAAGCUUCUUAAGGAAUAAACAAGUUGAAUAGAGAAAACACUGAUCGAUAAUAGGCAUUCUAGUGGUCUUUUUGAUGUUUUCUGCUGUGAAACAUUUCAAGAUUUAUUGAUUUUUUUUUUUCAUUUCCCCCAUCACACUCACACACACGCACGCUCACUUUUUAUUUGCCAUAAUGAACCGUCCAGCCCCUGUGGAGAUCUCCUAUGAGAACAUGCGUUUUCUGAUAACUCACAACCCUACCAAUGCUACCCUCAACAAGUUCACAGAGGAACUUAAGAAGUAUGGAGUGACAACUUUGGUUCGAGUUUGUGAUGCUACGUAUGAUAAAGCUCCAGUUGAAAAAGAAGGAAUCCACGUUCUAGAUUGGCCAUUUGAUGAUGGAGCUCCACCCCCUAAUCAGAUAGUAGAUGAUUGGCUAAACCUAUUAAAAACCAAAUUUCGUGAAGAGCCAGGUUGCUGUGUUGCAGUGCAUUGUGUGGCAGGAUUAGGAAGGGCACCUGUGUUGGUUGCGCUUGCUUUGAUUGAGUGUGGAAUGAAGUAUGAAGAUGCAGUUCAGUUUAUAAGAGGAAAACGGCGGGGAGCAUUCAAUUCCAAACAGCUGCUUUACCUGGAGAAAUACCGACCUAAGAUGCGAUUACGCUUCAGAGAUACCAAUGGGCAUUGCUGUGUUCAGUAGAAAGAAGUGUAAACAAAGGCUGACUUGAUUGUGGCAUUUAGAGGGGGAACUCUUGGUACCUGGAAAUGUGAAUCUGGAAUCUUAACUGUGUCAUCAAAGUAGUGAUGGAUUCAGUACUUCUCAACCACUCUCUUAAUGAUUGGAUAAAAAGCAAACAAGAAAUCCUUCUGUAACGUAAAUAAAAUGUGUAAGAAAAGAAAAAGAGAAAGGAAAGAGGGAUUAAUUCAGCGAAGGAUGAUUUUGCUAGUGUUGGAGUUUGAAUUUCUGCCAGGAUUGAAUUAUUUCAAAAUCUUCUUUUUUUUAACUUUUACAAAAUAGGUCUCUAAGGAAAACCAGCAAAACAUUAGCCUGUGCAGAGCCAUCUGUUUGGGGAGCACGCUCUUCCACUAUGCUUGGCACAUAGAUCUCCCUGUGGCGGAAUUUCUUUUUUUUUUUUUUUUAAGUGGGGUUAUAUUUUUCCCCAUCUCUUCUUCUUUCUCCUUAGCCCUGCCCCCCUCCCCCCCGACCCCAUACAAGUUGUAAAUGGACUAGGAGAAGUCCUUGUUGCUGUAGAUGUGUGUGCAGUCUGGCAGCCUUAAGCCCGCUCGGGCACUUUUAGAAAAAAAAAAAAAAAAAGCAGUGGCAUAUAUGUUAUAUGAUCCAGGUGUUUUUAGUCUUCACUGAUGAUGGGGUAUUCACGUUAGUUUCUUUUUCUGAAAACCCUAUCCAACAUUAGGCAAGGUAGCCAAGAGCAUUCUUGUUUUGGUAAAUUAAAAAUUAGUGGGGAAAUAUUUUAAGAGAGGAGUCUCUUUUCUCCAGAACUUAGCUGAGUCAAAUUCUUCCCUUUUUCAACCAAUAAAGCUAAGUGGGUAUCUCAGAAACCUUUGUUUUCUGAAGGGAGGACUCCAGGUCAUCACUAAAGGAGUGUCCAGGCAGAGUUAGCACACUUUCUAUACCUCGUAGAAUUGUGGGCUGUAGCAUUUCUCUGAUUUUCUGUCUAACGUUGUCAGAGAAUGCUGGUAGUUCAAAUUUUUUAUUUAGGACUGAUUUAUACUCUGAGUUUUCAGAAACGGUCAAAGGAGUAGCAACAAAGACUCAAUAUUUUGGACCUGAGAAAUGCCUGUGAUGGGUAUUUUCCUUAUUGCCCCCUAUAUGUAUAGUUCAGCUUUACCACUGAUUGCCUUGUUACUUUCUUACUAGGUUCUUUUUGAGAUUUAAAAAAAAAAAAAAAAAAGAAAUCGCUGGCUCAAAACCAACAAUGCCUAGUGAGUAUGUGUCCACAGGCCAUAACAGGGUAGGAGAAAAACAUAGAGCAACCCAACGAGUAGCAAAGACACUGUGUUGCUUGUGAAGUGGUGUAGUAGUGUUUUUACAGUUUCUUUACUGGGUUAAAUGUGCUAAUCUAGACGCAUUGUUUUUCUGCCCCUUUGCAGGGGCAGUUGUGACUGGGCUGCAUUGACAAAACAAGUUGAGGGGCACCAUCAGGGGCUCUUGCACUCUUUUCACCUAAAUAUUACAUAUUAAUAGUGCUCUGUUUCUAAGGCUCUGAAUACAGGCUUAGGGUCGUCUUGUCCUGCUGGAAUUUGCUGUGCAGAGCCAUAAACUUCCCAUUUUUUUAAGGAUCAGCUAGGCCAGUAGGAAUGGACUGGGACCGUGUCUCACACUGAUGAUACCUCAGAUGUUGGCCGGCUAUGUGAACUGCCUAUUUCCUGUUGCCGGAGUUGUUUUGAUUUUAACUAAAUGCAAAUGUGUAGAUUUUCUUCUCCCCAUCCCAGAAAACAAAACAAAAUAAUGCUUUUUGAAAUUGUUUCUAGGAUUUUAAAGUGAAAAAUGAUGGUACUAUCCAAAAUUCCUUAUUUCAGAACAUGACAGUAGAUUCUUUUAACAUAGGCUAAAGAUCAAAAUGACAUACCCUCUAAGCUCUGAUGUCUAAUGUCUAUUGACUCCAAGAUUUUUGGUCAAUACCAUAACAAACCUUUUUCCUUUGACAUGCUCUGAUUUUUGUGGAGUUGGGGGAUGGUGUGUGUGUGUGUGUGCAGCGUCCAUCAGCAUCAGUGCCUGCCUGAGUUAGGAAAAUGACAUUCCUGGUUCUGUGUGAGAUGGGUGUAUAAAGCAACAUUAGACAUUAGCCCUCAUUUUUGUUUUAAAUUACAGACUAAUGUUAAUUGUUCUCAGAACUGGAUUUUUUUUUCCUCAAAAUUAAAAGUUUUUUUUCUUUUGGAUUUAAUGAAGUAUUGCUAGCUGAAGCCAGUUUGACAUGGUGAGAGAGAUGUCAGACUGAUGAGAGGUGUGCAGCCUGAUUUGAAACCAAACCCUGAACCCCUUUAAAGAACAAUAAAUCGUAUUUUACAUGC